AUGUCCGCACGCCGCGCCACGCACGCCGGCAGCUGGUACUCGAGCUCGUCCACGGAGCUCGAUAGGCAAUUGUCCACGUGGCUGGCGGACACCGACUCGUGGCACGGGCCAGCCAAGGCCAUCAUCGCGCCGCACGCUGGUUACCGCUACAGCGGCGCAUGUGCCGCGCAUGCCUACAAGCAAGUGAAUCCGAGGGCUGUAAGACGUGUGUUCAUCCUGGGCCCGUCGCAUCACGUGCGACUUUCGGGUUGCGCAUUGUCACCAGUGGAAAAGUACCGAACUCCGCUGUAUGACUUGCGGAUCCACGGGCCAACGUAUGAGGAAUUAUUACAAACCGGCCAUUUUGAACAUAUGAGCCAGACGACGGAUGAGGACGAGCAUAGCAUUGAAAUGCAUUUGCCUUAUAUUGCUAAAGUGAUGGAAGAAUUUGCGGAGGAAUUUUGGAUCGUACCGAUCCUUGUGGGAUCUCUGAAUGCCGAACGUGAGGCGCUGUAUGGACGUAUCUUGGCGCCGUACCUGAACGCACCGGAUACAUUAUUCGUGAUAUCGUCUGACUUUUGUCACUGGGGCCAGCGUUUUCGUUACACGUUCUACGACAGAUCCUGGGGCCAGAUUUACGAAAGCAUCGAGAAGCUUGACCGAAUGGGCAUGAGCGUGAUUGAGCAAUUGUCUCUUUCAGGAUUCACGGAGUAUCUCAAGAAAUAUGGUAACACGAUCUGUGGUAGACAUCCCAUCGGGCUUCUCUUGAACUGCAUCGACAAGCUGGAAGCUCUCGAUAAUGCCCCGAAGAUGAGCCUCAAGUUUCUCAAGUAUGCGCAGUCUAAUCAUUGCAUGUCCAACAGUGACUCGUCCGUCAGCUACGCUUCGGCCGCGCUGAGUUUCUUCGCGUUGUGGAGAAUUUUCCGAGGAAUGGAUGAGAAUGACGCGUUUUGUGAACGGGUGAUCAGCGAUGUGAUGAACGCUCUGGACCGACAAGAGGCAGUAGAUGAAUUUGAUAUCAUACCCGCGAUCAGCGUUGCGAAUCGAAGUCCGGUGAUCCUCCAUGGUACUAAAAUGGCUCUGGAAGCCUGGGCGGUGCCAUACAUCCAUAAAUACGCUUGUCGAAUCAUCACCAACAAGAAGGCGUAUAUGAAGAAAGAUCCGGAGGCGUUGGUGAGAGCAACUACAGCUGCACUAUUGGUCAACUCGGGUCAAACGACGAUGUGGAAUAUCCGGAAGCAACUCAUAAUUGACGGUCAUCUGAAGGAAAACCAGGAAAUGUCAUUCACCGCAUUGGUUCUCACGCGGAAGCAGAAAACCGCACAGGCUUUUACUCAGCGACAGUUUUUAUGGAAGCGAUGGUUGGCUCGAGACGAACUCGGGUCCCAGCGACUAGACGCGGACUUGGCUGUAGCUGCUCAAGCGGCCGAUCGUUACCCCAACAAUUACCAUGCCUGGAACCACCGGAACUGGGUUGUUCAUCUCGUGAUGAGCCUGGACACUGGAACAUCGCCGACAGCUUUAUUAUGGAAGGAGUUGGAGUUCAGUUCUGGGUGGAUCAAGUUGCACGUGGGGGAUCACAGUGGGAUGCAAUACCGAGAGAUGCUGCUAACGCGACUGGCGUCCCUGGAUCCGAACAAACUACCUGAAAUUGCCGAGAAAGACCUGCACUUGUGCGGGGAAUUGAUAGCAUUUUAUCCCGGACACGAGGCUUUGUGGAAUUUUAGGAGGUUCCUGGUGAAACUCUGCACGCGUUUCAUGUCCGAGGGAAGCGUCAGGGAAGGGGAAGAACACUUCUGUCGCACGGUUCUAGCAGAACAAAAAUUGUACGUUGAACGGCAUUCGGAAUGGGUGAACAAGAAAAAACCUUUCAGUGAUAGUAAUAGCGUUAUGGUGAACCUAGUCAUGUGGUCGACGGUGACCCCAGUGGUCAUUGACGAGGCCUCGCCGCCGGUCACCCCGUCUGCCCGUUGCAAACAUUCCGCUUGUUUCUUGGAUGGGAAACUCUACCUUCUCGGAGGAAGAAACGGCAACAUGCCGUUGAAAGACUUCUGGAAAUAUGAUCUCGCUACUGAGGCUUGGGUGGAGCUGAAACCCAGCGGUCGAAUCCCGCCCUCGCUGCAAGAGAGUACCAUGGUCGCGUGGCAGAACCAGUUGUACGUGUUCGGCGGGGAAGUAAGCUUUUCCUGCGGAGAUGAAUGUCCGCUAUGGAUUUAUGACAUCAAAUGCAACGUGUGGCGGAAGUGGUCAGGUGCGAAAGGGGACAAAGUGCCGAAGGGCAGACGUGGGCACACCGCAGUGGUUUUCGAACGUAACAUGUACGUUUACGGUGGCUACCAGGAUUUGAAAGGAUCUUCCGGGGAAUUCUGGCGAUUUUCCUUUGAAAAAGAGAGAUGGGAAGAGUUGGUGCCGACGAAAGGUUGUUUGGAAACCCCGCCGGCAGCUCGGCAUAAUCACUCGUCUGUGCUUCAUGACCAAGCCAUGUUUAUUCUAGGUGGAAUGACGAAUUUAUGCGAGAAAGACGACUUUUGGAAACUUGAUCUUAAAACGUACAAGUGGAGCUUGUUGCGUAUUAAAGGUGGUCCGGGAGCACUUCAUGGUCACGCUGCGAUUCGUGUGCAAAACUCAAUGCUUGUUUUUGGGGGCGAAAGACAGGGAAAUGUUUUGAAUGAGCUUUGGUGCUUUCAUUUUGCAACGGAAACAUGGGAGAAUUUGCAGCUGAUGGGUGUUAAGCCCGCGCCGAGAUCUCAAGCGGUUCUCUUGUGUCCCACGUCGGUCUGGUCAGCCGAAGAAGUCCGUCACCACACGACUUUCGACCCCGACCUUCUGAACGUAACUGCCAUUUUUGAUACGUACAGCAAGAAUCUACAAUCUCUGGACGACUUUGUUCCGACUUUUUGCAAACACCGUGAAGCGAGACAAAAGUUCCUCAUGCAACAGCGGUCGUUGCAGUUGCAGGAGACGAAACUUGACGAUGAAGAAGACGAAGAGGAGAAAUGGUAUCAGGAGUUUCGCAAGCGGCGUGGAGUGGCUCCUGACGCGGGUUCUCGUCGUUUGCAUCGAGUGGAGAGCUUUUCCUCAGGCAGUCAAAAUCUUAGAUUUUUUAAGGAUUUCUCACGGAUUUCCCAAAUGAGUCUAUCUCGGUUAUCAAAGUACAACUCGUACUCUGCGUUGAGCGACGACGACGACUGCAGCGCGUCUGAAGACUGCACCAGCCAAGACUUCUCGAGGUCAUCCAUGUCGAGUCUGGUGAAAUCUGCCAGCAUCAACUACUUUCCGCGAUCCGGGCGUAGCAGCGACAUCUAUGUAAUCGCAAAGAAAAUCACAGAACUUUGGACGUUGGGCUUUGAAAAGCAACGAAGGAAUGACGAUAAAUGUCUCGGCCGACGGAAGAGACGAGAGCUGGUAUUGGCGUCGGAGAUCAUUCACGGGUAUUGCGCUGCUUGCUGUCGGAAUGCUCGGUGUCGAAUGAGCGCCAGGGCAGUGCUCCAGUCCGGAAUGAACGACAACGAAUCCAUUUCCGAGUACAACGAUGGGGAAGUGGCGUCGAUGAACACGGUGCGAACGGGCAACAGCGAGACGAAAGUGAGGAAGAGCGGCAGUGUGGCGUCCAGCAGUCGGCGUCGCCCGAGAUCGUGUGGCGGAGAGUCUGGUGUCAGCGCGGACUAUCCUUUGUCUCCGACAGAAAGCUUCAACUCGCAUCAACACUUGCCGUACGCAGCAUCGCAAAUGUUGCGAGCUGCUGGAAUUGAGGUUUCAUCCACAGUGGCGUCUUUUGAUCAGAACACUAAACUAACAAAGGUGAAGGCAACGAACGGACGGAAUCUGCUGAUAGACUUGGACAAUUUCCCGGGCAGCAUCGAAGAACAAACAUCGGACUACGCCAGUGUGGAAACGGACUCGAACUACAACGACAAAAACGGGAGCUUCGGGUAUGACAACCCAAAUUAUGACCGGUGUCGCCUGCGUGUAGAUUACGUUAGUUUCUAUUCGGACCAUUUCAGUCCAGUCGGGCCAGUGGAUGCUGACUCCGACUGUCGUUUAAGGUCUCGGAAGAAGAUGUCACAGAACACAUACACUGCUCCGGGAAGAUUCACCGAGACGAGUGUGGAGAUCCAUCGUAGCUUCGCCAAGACCCUGAACAGUCCGUUGGGAAGCAUCGAUGAGAAACCCGUUUCCCGCGGAACCCGGGCCCCGAAGGCUUAUUGCGAGGAAUUCACUUCCCACCAGAACGUCAACAUGGACUUCGAGUCUCACCACGAAGAAGACUUGACGUCGCAUAACUACUCGAUUGAAAUGCAGGACAUGCAGUCCAUGACGAGCACGGAUAUUGACAGGGAGUUGCAGCGAUUGUACUUUGCCGGACGUGAAGGACAUCGGUCAUUCAUGGAAGACGAAGAUGACAGAGCACUGGCGUCGUCGCUAGGUGUUUCCGGUGACGUUAGUGGGAAAAAUGGUGGGGCAGGGGUGAAGUCCAUGACGAGUUCCAAGGUGACACCGAUCCCGCAGCAAGGCGUGGAAGAGAUGUUUGUUUACCUUGUCGGGGGUCGGGAAGUGGGUCAAAUCGUAGCUUUUAGGAGGCCGAUCUCCGUGUGGAAAUUGGACCUAAACAAGUGCAUCGCCGCGAAAUGGUUUAGGCAGGCGAAUUUUGCCAUCCCGGAACCCGAGAUCGGAACAAGUCGUAAUGUCGGCCAUAUGAGUCUUAGUGAAUCUAGAUGUGAAGAAGAAACAAAUAUGUGUUCGGUUGGGCUAGAAAUUGAGUGA